UGAGAGUAGUCGUUUUGAACUUGAUGGUACGUUCGUGACAAGCCUUCAUGGCUAUUGACAUGUGUUCGAGGGUUAGAAUUUGAAUGCGAGUUUAGGUGGGUCUUUUCUUUGUUGAUUGCCUUGCUCGCCACUAUAAUCUUAGACACAGUUAUGGAGAGCAAGGACUUUUUUAUCAAGAUAGUGAACAACGAGAAGGGCAAAGGGCUGUUUUCUAAACGUGCAUACAAGGAAGGAGAUGUCAUAUUGGAGGAAAAACCUGUAGUCUGUUGCCAGUUCUCAUGGAACUCUGACUAUGGAUAUUUAGCUUGUGAUCAUUGCCUGAGGCCACUGGAAACUGCUGAGGAAAAUGCUCAGAGGCUAACAGGAAAUCCAAACAUUACUCUGCCUCAUAGCGAAUGCUGUGAAACAAAUAAGAGUCUGAUGACUGAGUGUCCCACAUGUGGGACUAAAUAUUGUAGCAGAGAAUGUCAGGAUGAGGCAUUUCAGAGAUAUCACAGCACAUUAUGCCUCCAAUCGAGAGUUAAGGACGAGAGUCAUCCUCUAACCCAAUUAAAUGAAACAUGGAAACAAAUGCAUUAUCCACCAGAGACUGCAACAAUCAUGUUGCUGGCGAGGAUGGUUGCCAUGGUUAAUCAGGCGAACGAUAAGCAGGAUAUCUACUCAAUGUUCUCGCAAUUUUGUCACCGUACAGUAAAUGACACACAUGAAAUUGCACACAACUUAUUAGGGGAAAAAUUUGUUGGGCAGAUCGACGUCCUUCGGGAAAUGAUAGAGAAAACCCUUAAUCUCGAGUACACUGCACAUUGGUUUACACCAGACGGAUUUAGAAGUUUACUAGCCUUAGUAGGAACGAACGCACAAGGAAUUGGUACGAGCGCUUUCAGUCGUUGGGUAAAAAAUGUGUCUGCUUUAGAUCUGCAUAAAGAUCAAAGAAUUUACAUCGACAAAUUGAUAGACCGAAUUUACGAUGAUAUGGAAGAAGUGGUAGGCUCAUUUUUAAAUAAUGAAGGAUCCGGUCUCUACAUUCUACAAUCAGCAGUAAAUCACAGUUGUGUACCAAAUGCAAUCGUGGAAUUUCCUUAUUCGAAUAACACAUUAGUGUUGAAAGCGAUACGGGAUAUACAACCCGAGGAAGAAAUCUGUACGAGUUACCUCGAGGAAUGCGAGCUCGAGAGAAGUAGAUAUUCUAGGCAGAAGGCGUUGAGCUCCUUGUAUCUGUUCGUUUGUCGUUGCGACAAAUGCCAAUCGCAAACCAAUGAUCCCGACAUGACAUCCGACGAAGAAGAGGCGGAAGACGCAUCCAGUUGAAGGCAUACGAGAGAAUGUUAAUAUAAUAAUCCAUAAUAUGCAAGACAACGUUGGAUAUAUUGAAUAAUCCACUAUGAAGAAUCUAAUCCACUAUGAAGAAUAUAACGAUUAUCUAACAAAAUCCUCCUUUUGUUACGAUUCACUUGAGUAUUAUGCACACCGAGCGGUCAUUGUAAAGAUCAACGACGUGCGUAGCGUGUAGAGAAAUACUGAUAAAAACCUAGUAUAUUAUUCAAUAUAAACUUGAAUAAAAUUUUGAGAAAUGUACUUUUAUUAAUGUGAUAGAAGCUUUAAUAGUAUUUCUAUGUAAUAAUGUGAAAUAUAUAUAAUAAAAAGUUAACACAA